UAAAGACGUAGUGAGUCCAAAUCACUGAAAUAUCGCACCUUCAGACUCGCGGGCUAUUAUUAAAGAGCUCUGCUGUGUGCUGUGUGCUAUUGAACAGACGCGGCCAAUUCACCGGACAACAUGAACAGAUGGCAGAGCUGGUCCCUCCUGCUGGGAGUCGCGUGCGCGAUGUCCUCCAGCGCAGAAGUGAUUUGCGGUAGCAGCCAGUACUUGCCAAAUCCCAAUGACUGUGGUUCCUACUACGAAUGCUCCAAUGGAAUAGCGAAUCUGAUCAAAUGCCCAACUGGUCUUGAAUUCAGUGUAACUUCUAACAGCUGUAACUAUCCACAACUAGCACAAUGUGGAUCAUCGAACACCGGUGUCACUGUGCCUUCCAUAUCAGGCAAUUUACCAAAGUACUACUGCCCAGAGGUGGAUGGAACUACAGCUUACAUAUACCCUAAUCCAUCCAGCUGUUCUUCAUACUACAUGUGUGCUGGGGGAUCUCUGCAUCUUUACCAGUGCCAAACAGGUCUGGAGUAUUCCGUUGAAGAAAGAGGGUGCGACUAUCCCUACAGAGCCAAGUGUGACCUAAAUAAUUUGCCAUCUUUUCCUACUGGACCUACCUCUCAAGCACCUGUGGGACCUACCACUCUAACAUCUGUGGGACCGACUCCUGGAUACUAUUGCCCAGAGGUUGAUGGGCCUACAGCUUACAUCUACCCUAACCCUUUAAGCUGUUCUUCAUACUACAUGUGCGCUGGAGGUUAUCUGCAUUUCUACCAGUGUCAAACAGGUCUGGAGUAUUCCGUCGAAGAAAGAGGCUGCGACUAUCCCGACAGAGCUAAGUGUGACCUAAAUAAUCUGCCAACUUUUCCCACUGGACCUACUAAAUCAUCCCCUAUAGUAUCUUCCACAAAUUCGCCCGUGAAUGUUUUGUGCCCUGCAAAUGUUGAAACUCUUGUACGUGAUCCAACUGAUUGUGGUAAGUUCUACGAAUGUAACUAUGGUAUUCCUAUAAGAGAAUCUUGCUACCCAGGACUUUACUUCAGUGAAAAAAAUCAAGCCUGUGACUACCCGCAAAAUGUUCCAGAGUGCACAUCAACAUAAUUCUGUUAUUGUACUGUUUACAAUUAAAAAUGGUACACCUAACUUUUAUACUGUACAGAAUGUUUAAACUAUGUAAAAUAAUAAACUAUGAUUAUUAUAUUAAUCUUACUUUGUAAAUUGUUACAUACGAAUUCAUAUAUCUGCAAGUUAAUGUUACAUAAUCAUAUAGUUGUAUCAUAAAUCUUUAAAGAGAAAAUGUCUGCAGGUAUGAGAAUUAAAAAAUCGUCUUAGGUAUGGAAAACAUAAUUUUAAGGGAUCAUAACAAGUAAUGUACACAAGUGACUAUAGAUAACUAUGUUACUAUUUAUAGUAACUUACAAUAAGUUUUUGCCUACCUAUAUUAACAGUGCUACUUUAAUUUUCCAUUAUUGUUACAUGGGAUAUGUAUUCAGUUUUCUCGUUAAAAUAAAACACUACAUUUAGCCCCA